AUGGCAACCCAAGUAAUAACGGAAAACACCUACCUGGCGGGAGCCCGCAACAGUCUCAAGAAGGAAGACUGCAUGGAGCUCUAUGAGAAAUGGGCCGCCUCCUACAACGAUGACCUUGCCGACGCAUCCCAGAACUAUAUCGCUCCGCUCCUUGUCGCCCAAGCCGCCCUUGCAUCAAGCAAAGACCCCGAGGCUACCGUAUUGGACGCUGGCUGUGGAACGGGGCUUGUGGCUGAAGCCCUUGCCAAAGGCAGCCCAUGGACCAUCGAUGGCAUGGAUCUGUCUCCUGCUAUGCUCAAGGUAGCAGAACAGACUGGCGUGUAUCGCAGCCUAUUCAAAGUCGACUUGACCCAGCCGAUCGACCAACCAGACCAGAAGUACGACAUCGUGACAUGCUGCGGCACCUUCACACGCGGCCACGUCGGGCCCGACCCUGCCUUGAGAGAAUUCAUCCGUCUUCUUAAGCCGAACGGUACCAUCGUCGCCACAGUCCUCGAAGAAAUCUGGGUAUCCGGAGGCUACAAAGCCGAAGCCGACAAGCUCGAGGCCGAAGGGCUGGCAAAGGUAGUCAGUCGGGACCUCAUAGACUAUCGCAAGGGAGCGGGUGACAAAGCCACAUUGCUCCUGAUGAAAAAGACAGGAUCCGCUUGA